AUGAUCGAGGAUCUGUUCCCCUCCCCAUGCUUCCUCCCUCCUACACCUUCCUCCUCACCCUCUAGCUCACCGUACCCGUCUGCGUCACCAUCGCCUGCUCACAGAAAAGCACAUUCUGAAUCAGCCGUCGAUUGUCGACUGUUUGAUGACCGCGCUGAAACAGAAAGCCUUUCUCCCUCGGAGAACUCUCCUCUUUCCGGAUGCUCUCCACCUCGAACGCUGCUCGAAGCUGCUUCGUCGGUGUCUUCCCCUCGACGCCCCGAUGAGAACGUCCCAUCUGCGAACGUAUCGUUCCCAGAUAGCGCCGGGGGGUCAGAAAAAGCUCUUGUCAACAUUUUCGCUCAUAAUACGAACUUAGGAGCUUCAGAGGACUCUGCUUCGGCUCCUGAACAGAGCAAGCCCAUUAGUGACCCAUCGCCUCGGAACCAGAGGUACCGCGAGCACCAGCACUCCGCACGCGAGUGCGGUGGAAGCAGUUCUACACUCCCAGAAAGGAAUAACUUCGCCGCCGGCACAAGAGGAAAGCAACAAGACGGAGUAUGUGGGGCGGCCUCAGCAACUGUGUCGAGGUCGGUUCUCCCGUGGGGAGCCAAGGAAACGCUUAAAAACCAGUGUCUCAGCUUCAGGACAGCGAAUAAGUCUCACGACAUUUCGGGGCAGCGAAAGUCUCUCACAGGCAGCUCCAGCCCUGCCGCAACUCAAUUGGAGAUCCACAUAGACGUUCUGCAAACUACGGACCUGGUUGGAAGUGCAACAAAGGAUGGAUUUGGCUCGAACGCAACAGGCCAGGGUUCUCAGGAACUCUCAGGAGUGAGCCGGACUUCCGGGGCGCAAAGGCUGGAGCCGUCUCCUGUCUCCGAUUCCAGCUCUCAGCCGGAAGGCAUACCGUGUGGUGGUGAGUUACAAACUUCGAAAGGAACCUCUGGAUCCAACGCCGUGUCCAGAAACGCUGGACGGAGACAGGAACGGUCCACAGGAGUUGGAGAGUCGACACAGGCAAAAACGGGCAACCAACAGAGGGGGAACAGCCAGACAGACGCGGCAUCGUCAAAGGUGCCUUCCCCUGCGGACUGCGGAGGAAACGACAGAGACAAUGAGAAACCUCUAAAUGGAGCGGCAGAGCACGCUUCGAAGGAAGGAGAGAGCAGUGCCCCGGUCCUUGUCUUGUCUUCGGAUGCGUCGCUCCGAAUUCAAGAGGCAAGGAAGUUUUUCAUGAACGCAUGCCGACCGUCUGGCGGUGGGAAGACCCGAAGUCUCUCAGAGCGGCUCGGGCCUGGACAGCUUAAGAAACCAGGCGACGAGGCGGUGGGCGAGGAUGUUGAGCGGACUCAACGCAAAAACUCGGACUCAGCGGCGGGCGCAGGUCGACAUCUCUUAACGAGAGGAUGCAGAGACAGCGGGAAUGGACAGCCCGACCUAGAGGCAGGCACGAGGCGAUCGCCCGGGACUUCCGAGAAGAGCGGUGCAGACCUUUCUUCUCAGCCGCAAGCAAGACGGUCCUCGAAUACCUGGCGAAACAAAACAGCGAGACGAGGCGAAGCCGCUGAAGCCAGCAAGUCGAGUCACCGAAGGCGCCACACAGAGGCGUCUUGUGCGCUUCCUUUCGCGUCCCAGUCGAGCUUUACCCCUGAGGCACCCAACGGUAUCGCGCCUCCCGUGGCUGGGGUGCCGUCGCCUUCUCUUUCGGACCUCGCACUGUCCUCCAGCUCCCUUCCUUUCUCGACGUUCCUCGGCGACCUACGCCAGCUCCGAGGCGUCUGCUACGCCGCAGCCCAGGAAGACCAGCUUCGACCGAUCAUGUCACUCUCCCGAAAGAGCACCAGCAGCGGCCGGCCUUCCUCAGCCAGACGCCAUAGACGCAGCAGGUGCGUUUCAGCAGCUUCCGUGGCGCCUUCGCCUAGACAAGACUACGGGGACCAGUUCUCUGCAGCUCAGUCUCCGCCUUCUGACUCGCCGAUCCAGUGCCGCUUUUCCACUUCUGUCUCUCUUAGCCCUUCCCGAGAGCCUGCAGCAGACAGCAAAGGAGACAAAGCCGCGGGGACAGUGUCGUUUACAGCAGCAGGGGAAUCGUUUGAAACAGCGAGAGGGACUGACACCGCGUGUGAAAAGGGAGCGACAUUGGCGGUCGACCUCAUGGCGCAAGAUUCGGUCUUUGUGGAGGCAGACUUUCCGACUUCACAAAGACAAGGCCUGCGUCCCACACGGGCGACGCCUGACGCGGUUAUAGAAGGGGCCUUUUUGAGUCAGGAGGAUAAUUUCUUUGGAGAGAGACACGAAGCAGAGGGGCGAGAACCACUCGGGGAGAGCAUGGAGAGAAGAGGAAAGGAAUACGAGGGUACCCGGAAGGAAGAGAUAGAGAGGACAACGGAGAGGACCAGUACGGCAGAUGUAGCUUCUUCAUGUAGGCCGGCCAUGCUGAAGGGGGGUGCUGACGGUGUGGAUAUAAGUGUAGUAGAUGCCCCCAUUUCAAAAGAUUCCUCGAGUUUCAAUUCUCUGGAAGAAUUGAGUUCGGCUCAGGAUGGAGACCGACAGGUCGAACUUCGUGAACACAGCCGGGAAAAGGAGAGCACUGCGCUGCCCGAUUCUCGACGUGUCUCUGAUCAGUGUCACAGUCCUCCGAAGACAGGGCCUUUCGCCUCCCGACAGGAGACAGGCGACUCAGCAUUAGCGCCUCGUCCGUCACACAGUAGGCGAGGAGACGCUGUCGAUGCUCAUCUGUCUUCAGGGAAUCGCGUACAAAUACAGGGAGAGACGGAAAAGGAGGCGUGUCGCCAUGCUGAGACUUUGGUUUCUUCAGAACCGCGGGCUGUGGCGUCCGCCACCUCGGAAACUCAAGAAUCGGGAACAACAGCUUCUCUUCCCGCGCCAGUUGACGUGCCGGGCGAUGUGCCUUCCCGAAGUGAAGCUCUAAACCCUAAACCGUCAUUCGACCCCUCUGGAGCGUCCCGUUCUGUCCCAGUUCCGAAUCCUAUGUUGGUUCCCCGCGCCGUGGAGCUCCGGGAAGAAGCCUUCGAAGGGCUGGCAACUUCUUCCUCCGUUCCCGAAUGCUCGAAGUCAGGGAAAUUGAGUGAGAUUGAAAGUGGUGAUGAAGGAGAGGUGAGCGACGCGCCAACGACAGCCUGCGUCGUUCCUUUUGCUCCGCGAGAAGAGGGAGCGAAUCCUCUGUCGAGCGCUGCCUCUUCCAAUGGGACACUGGGAGCGAAUGACCGCGAAGAAAGCGAAGGUAGAGAAGCCUCCCCUUCACCAGCGGAACGAGGGGAGCGAGCAGGUUCGCCUUCUUCGAGUCUAAAAACAACGGAGAGAAAGAACGAUAUUCCGUCUGUCGCUUCGGGUACUGUCUCCGGUCUCUCCGGUUCGCCGGUUUUUUCUCACACUCGCAAACGGCAGAGCGAAGAGGAGAAUGGUGGAGAAGAAACGGUCUCCGCGGCAGCAGCAGAAGAGCAGCGGAUGCGACGCUGCCGCCAGGAGAGCAGAGAGGUUCAGGCAGGUGAAGGGGUCGAUCCAGCGGAAGCCAGAGAGAGGGUAGACGUUCCACAGAAACCAUCCCACUCACUGACGAUUCCUGACAGUUGCUUCUCUCAGCGCCACGCUGAAGAGAAGAGCGACUGCGCACAAGAGAACCGUGAAGAGAGACAGGAACGAAGUUUGUGUAGAACCUCGGUGGUUAUUCCUCUGCCGCCUGCACCUCCGCCUCCCUCUCCGGCAAGAUCCAAGCUUUCCGUGGGUACAGCCAAAGAGCCACACUUGCGUCACGCAACCUCCGUCUCUUCCUUCCCUUGCUCUUCUUGUGGCGAGAAAGCAGCUCCUGACUUCCAGGUUUCUUCGCUGCCUCCUCCGCUUGUCUGCCCCGAGCCGUCUUCGUCCCCGUUCAGGCCCGGCGGCUCGGCGUCCUAUUCGGAGUCACCACAGCCCAGCGAAGGUUGUGCCUCACAGAGUCUAGGAGUAGAUCGUUCGAGUCUUUUUUCUCAGUCGGUGGCCUCCUUUUCUGGAGACUUGGUGACGUCGAGGGACACUCAGGGUGACGGUCACGAGCACAGCCAAGAGGACUCGCUCUCGUGUUCGAAUCCCUCUUCCUGCAGAUCGGUUUCUUCUUCUUCGUCUGUGUGCUUGUUCGCCGGCGCCGCGGUGCCGCCCCCUCUUCGCGCCCCGACCCGCAUCGUCUGUGCCAGUGAGUCGGCAGCGUUGCGUGGCCGGGGCACGACGCUGAGAGAAGGCAAUGCGCCGUCGCCGUCUUGCUCUCCUUCCAAGCCGCCCAGCUGGAAUCAGCAGACUGCGAGGGACGGAGACGCCGGCCGCGAAGAAGGCGGAAGGGACGCGUGUGGCGCAGAGACGCGAGAGGACGUCUCGCCGGAGUUCUCCCAAGGCCCGCGAAGAGGAGAAAAGCGAAAGUUGUCCGUGGACAAGUCACAUGAGGCGGGCCUGUCGAGACCUCAGUCCUCUGUAGAGGGCUCGCCUGUCUCCUGUCGACACUGGCUUCCCUCCGGCUCCUCAGCUACUCCCUCACCUCUGGGCCGCCGCGAAUCCUUCUUCAUUGCCGUCCCGGUGCCAGUGAAACGCCCCGGAGGAGAGGUGCACAGCAGCGAAGACGAGAACAGGAGCGAGGGAGAAUGCGAGACGCUCGGAUAUGGGGAAGCUCGAAAAUCGGUGGCGCCAAGCAGGCGGUCCCGCGGGCCGGCGUGGGAAGGAACCGGAAGAGGCGAAGCCGAAUUCGCUGUAGUUGCCUUUCCGAGCACGGAAAAUGAGCAGACAAGCCACAAGGCCGUCUCGUCCCUGUUGGACUGCACUUCGGUUACUGUCAGCUCGUCUUCGCCGCCGUGCGCCUUCUCCCUUCCUCAUUCUUCUCUUCCUGUACCUCGAGUUUCGAGUCAGGCCUCUGUGGACGGAUGGGCAGGUCGGGAGCCUCCCUGUGGCUUCCGGAACUCUUCGGAGAGAGGAAGCGUGGAAAUAAGCGGAAGGAAAGGCUUUGAGAGGAUUAGCGGAGGCCGCGAGACAGUCGAGACGGGACAGACCGGCUCACGCUUCCCCUUCCAUCGCGAGAUGAAAGAACAGAAAGAACACACUCGAAUGGCUGAACAAAAGGGGAGGGAAGAAGGUCUUGCGUCGUCUUCCGACCGCUCCAGUGCCCCACACUCCCCCAAGAAGCUCGUACCCUCGCCUCAGAUGUCUUCUUCCGAUCUUGCGUCUUCUUCCGCUUCGGGUUCUGCAUCUGCUUCUGACUUGGCUUUUUCGUCUUCCUCGUCUGGGAUGCGCUCCUGUGUCUCUCCACUCUCGCGAGUGGGGAGAAAGCAGCCGUUCUGUAUUUCCCUUCUCCAGCGCGGACAGUCGUGGCUUCAUCGCAUGCGAGAUCGGGUGGGGCGGGUGUCGCUGACAAAGGUGGAUGGAGUUUGGAGUGGGUGGAGAGCUAAGGUCGCUGAUUUUGCCACGCGGGUCACUGCGAAAGCCGUGGAAUCUCUCCUGGAUGAGGAAACGAAAGGCGAUCUCGCCGUCGUUCUCCCUCCUGCUUUCAUCGACCUUCCAAAUGUUGCCAGUGCGAGACUCGGAGCCAGAGUCAUCUUUUGCGAUGGCAGACGACAGGGUUCACCUCAGAGCUGCAUGCGGUUGUUGCACGCGUCAGAGCGCGAAGCUCGAGGGUACUUCGACUCUGGGAAAAGGGUUUCUUUGAUGCUGACUGCCGGCGAGGAAUGCACAGACACAUGUAUUGUCCGUUUCGCUGCUCCAGCUAUCAUUCAUGGCGUUGAGUUCGUCCAAGGAAGGCGACAAGGUGCUGAGACAAAAAUAUCACUCGACGCGGCUUCUCUUCUCGCACAAGACGUGGACGAGCAAAGUCUCUGGGGCUGCCUGGAGUCGUCGCUGUGGAACCCUGCAAUUUCGGGAGAAGUUUUGCCGGCAGGUGAAGAGCGAGUAGCGUUUGCGCUCGACACAGGCUCCGCGCCUGUCACGCAUCUUCGGAUUUCUCAGCACUUCGUGGCGCCGAUUCGUUCUGAUUUGCGAGAGCAAGAAAUCCCGGAGAACGGGGCAGGGUUCGUCGAAGACGAAGCCUUUGCGGGUCUAAGUCACAUCCGCGUGUACGGGGAGUUUUGGAGAGAAGCAUGGGAGGUUCUGCCGCCUGUACAGGGAAGCAGAGAGGAAGAAGUGAGCAACUUGCUCAAGGGCGCCGCAGUCGUUGCCUGGGAGGAGGCAGAGAAGCCAGCGAGUUCGAGAAAGAAGAGAAGACGAGUAGAAGAGCUUGAAGGAACGGAGAGGGGAGAUGAACGCCAGGCGGUGCUUUUAAAACGCAGGAGCUGUGCGCUGGACAGACAGGAGAGCCAAAACGAGACCACGUCUGCACAGCCGAGAGGAUACGAAAAUGGAGAGGGAGACGAGUUUUCAGGUCAGAUGGACCUCAGGUGGAGGGACGUGAGGACUGUGGUCGUCUGCCUCAGCACAAGGGCGGCAGUGAGUCGCCUCGAAGUGGUCUGUCGACCCACAGAGGAAGAACCGCGCGGAGAGGCCUGGAACUUAAACGAGGAGACUGGAUCCCUGCGCCCAAGUGCAGGAUGCGAACCGUCCGAAUCAAGAUAUCCACAAGAAAAGAAUUGUCUAGGCUCUCCGACUCUCUCCGUGGAACUCUGGGACGCUGCAAGUUGUCCAGAGACCUCGGGACUGAAUCUGCUUCAGCAGCGCCGGUUCUUCAGAUGCAGACAAACCUCUCUCUCUCCGACGUGGACUUCUUUCGUCUCCUCUUCGGCCUCCAGCAAGAAAUGGCGGAACGGAGACAGUCCUGUUGGGCGUGUGAAUGCGACGGGAGCGCAGAAAGAAGUUAAGGGAUGGGUGAAAACGGUGUUGGUAGCAGAGAGAGGAUCGCAUCGAUGUCUCUCGCCUUCGAACUGCGAGGAAAGCAUGGAAGAAGACGAGGCAGAAAAGCCCGGAGACGCGACACAUAAAACGAAUCAGGUUAUGUGUACGCAUGUACGUCUGCGUUUCUCCGGGGCUGUGGACAUCCAAUCUUUGAGAAUUUGGGGUAUUCCGUGA